AUGAAGAAUGAAGAUGACCAACCGGUUGUUUUAACGCACAUCGAUUCAAACAAUGGCAGUCGUACGUCGCCAGUGUCUUUAGCAGAACCAUUCGCAGCCAAUUUGAAUGUCGUCAGCCAAGUAGAUGUACCUCCUAAUGGAGGUUAUGGCUGGGUCUGCACUGCCUGUGUGUUUUUAAUCAAUGCUCAUACAUGGGGUGUUAAUAGUGCUUGGGGCAUCUUCCUGUCGCAUUACCUUCAGAAUUCAACCUUUCCAGGCACAAGUCAAUUUUCGUAUGCUAUAAUUGGAGGUCUCGGAAUAGCUUGUGCUUGUCUGGUGUCGCCAGCCGUCAAUGUUUCGAUGCGAUUGUACGGUACAACCGUCACGCUCACGAUCGGGACCAUCCUUGUGUUUUUGUCGUUGUUCACCGCUUCAUAUGCUUCCCGAAUAUGGCAUCUGUUCCUGAGCCAGGCAGUAUGUUUCGGCUGUGGUAUGGGCUUCACGUAUAUCCCUGCGACCGCUGUUCUUCCGCAAUGGUUCUCCACACGACGAUCUCUUGCCGUUGGCAUUGCGGCAUCUGGAGUGGGGUUUGGAGGAGUCGCAUACAAUCUGAUCGCUGGUGCUGCUGCGCAGUCAGUAGGGCUACCAUGGACGUAUCGCAUACUAGCACUGUGCUCAUUGGCCGUCAACGGUGUCUGCUCCCUGCUCAUACGUGACAGGAACAAGCUAGUCAAGCCCAAGCAAGAUGCAUUCGACUGGAGAGAGCUUGGUCACAUUGAGGUAAUCUUCGUGAUUGUUUGGGGCUUUCUAUCCGAGCUCGGAUAUGUUGUAUUGUUUUACUCGCUGCCACAUUACGCAACGACCAUUGGACUGAGUCAAAGUCAGGGAUCGGUGGCUGGAGCUCUUCUCAAUGUUGGUAUCGGGGUCGGCAGACCGUUGGUGGGCUGGAUGAGUGACAGAUGGGGAAGGAUCAAUAUGGCAGCUUUGAUGACAGCGUCUUGUGGUAUCUGCUGCCUUGCUUUGUGGGUACCGGCGAAAGACUAUGGCACACUGAUUGCUUUCGCUCUGCUAGCUGGGUUCGGUGCUGGUAACUUCUGGGGUACGGUGUCGAGUGUUAUGGCGGAAGUGGUCGGGUUGCAACGAUUGCCCACAGCAUUCGGUGUCAUGAUGAUUGUCCUGGCCUCUCCUACCACAUUCGCCGAACCUAUCGCCUUGGAGAUGACAGCUGUCUCAGGAUACAAAGCGGCUCAAAUCUUCGUCGGAUUCAUGUUCAUAGGAGCUGCUGGAAGCGUGUGGUUCUUGCGAUCGUGGAAGAUCACGGAGAUCGAGGAGAAGGCGAAACGCGAAGAAGCAGGCGACUUCGAAUGGGGUCUGUCCAGGUUUCAUGCCGGAAAAGCUUGGCUGGAGCCACGCAAACUGAUCAAAAGAUGUCGCGUGUAA